UUAGGGUUGUGAUGCAUCCAUCCUGUUGGAUACUGAAGGUGGUGAGAUGGAUUCAGAUAAGAACUUUGGUGUGAGAGGUUUGGAGCUGAUAAGAGUUGUGAAGAGGGUGGUGGAGGAGAAGUGCCCUGGUGUGGUUUCUUGUGCCGAUUUAGUAGCAAUGGCAGCGAGGGAGGCGGUGGCGAGGUCCGGCGGGCCGAGGAUUGUGAUACCUUUCGGAAGGAAGGAUGCUGUGAAUGGGAGUAGAAUGAUGGCAGAGGAGAAGGUCCCUGGGCAUGAUGAUGGUGUUGAUGCUGCGCUGGGUUUGUUCUCCCCCUUCGACAUGAGUGUUGAGGAAACUGUGGCUAUUCUUGGUGAGUUCUUCUGUUUUCUUUCAAUUCCAUGCAGCUUCCCAUAAAAAAGUUAUAUUUACUUGUAUAUUUCCCUUCUCAUUCUGUCUCAAGUUAUAUAAAUAUAUUCAAUGUGACAUGCAGGAGCACAUACACUGGGAGUUGGGCACUGCAAAAGCAUAGUGCACAGGCUGUAUGGAUCCAAAAACAUGGAAAGAGAGAACCUGAACCCUCUGUUUAAGGGGUUCUUGAGAAUCAACUGCCCCACAAGAGUGCCCCUAACUAACAUAACAAUCAUAUUCAAUGACCUUACCACUUUCCUCUUUGACAACCAAUACUUCAGAGACAUCAUUAGAGGCCGAGGUUUGUUCACUGUUGACUCCGAGCUCUCCGUCCAUCCUCGGACGGCUGCUUUUGUUCAACGCUUUGCUGCAGAUCUCCGGUACUUCUACAGUGUCUUCUCGACAGCAUUUGUUAAACUCUCUACAAUGCAGGUGCUCACCGGAGAUGGUGAUGGUGGGGAGGUCAGAAGAGUCUGCAGUGAAGUGAACACUUAGGUUCUUGUAAUUUUGAGCUUUAUCAGACAGGAUAUGUUAUAGCUUACUUGUUUACUUCCUAGGCUUUUGGUUGCUACUUCAGUUAGACAUUUAAUCAAUAAUAUGCAAACAAAGACAUUUAUCAAGGUAAAUAAAUCACAGCAUGUUUUUCCAGGUGCCACUACACUGCAUGUCUAAAAUGAGCUAGAAGUGAGAGAUGUAACAUUUACAUUGAUUAACGGCUCUCAUAUUAACCACUGUAACAUCUGUCAACAGACUUGGUUGGAUAAUAGAUACUAUAUAUCAACAGUUGUUUCACCUGCCCCUUCUUAGAAGAGUCACUGACCUUGAGCAUGGUCCUCUUGCUAAUUAUCAUCGCAGAUUUAGAGAGUUCGACUGAUAUUAGAUCAUCCUCAAAGGGCAUGAAAAAAAAAUAUUAGACAACUAAGCUUAGAAAACCUAGAAAGCACAACAUGACAUUCAGCAUAGAGGUGUGAAAUAGAAACUUAAAAACAAAAGGGGGAGAAAAAUCCAAAUUAACCUUCAUGGGGGAAAAUCAACCAUACUUCUGGCCCAUGUUUUUCAUUUGCUGAAUAAUUAGAUCAGUUGCUUCACCAAGGUUCAUAGUUUGUGAAGUUCUCGGCAAGAUGUCCCGUGACUGAAUGAGAACAUAGUCACAGCAUAUUCCGUUCACCAUAUGAAAACUUUGUAGACCACGCAU